GCUUGCUUCUCCCCCCCUCUCUCUCUCUCGGUCUCUUCUCCUGUCUCCUUUUAUAUCUCUCCCAGACGCAUCAAUACUCAACCUUUGUGUGCAAGAAAAACGAUCCAAGAAAUCUCCAAUGGAUCCGUGCUCUUUUGUGCGGAUCCUCGUCGGAAACCUUGCCCUCAACUUUCCCAUAGCCUCCAAGCCUUCCUUCUCCGGUGUACACCCCUCAACUUCCCCGUGCUUCUGCAAGAUUAAACUCAAGAACUUUCCCACCCAGUACGCGACAGUCCCUCUGGUCACUCUAGAAAGCCAACCCGACUCCCAUGAUCGCUCCCUUGCCGCUUGCUUCACUCUGAACAAAACCAACAUCGACAGACUCAUUGAUAAUGGGAACAACCCGGUCUUGCAGAUUGAGGUCUACGCGGGGCGGAGAGGUAUCGCGUGUGGUUUGAACAGUAGGAAGCUGUUGGGGACGGUUGCUGUUGAGGUGGAUCUCCGCGCGGUAGAGACGAGGGCUAGUAAUAUUCACCAGGGUUGGGUCAGUAUCGGAGGGAACAAAAAGGGGUCGUCGGCGGAGUUGUACUUGAGCGUUAGGGCCGAACCCGAUCCAAGAUUUGUGUUCCAGUUCGAUGGAGAGCCAGAGUGCAGUCCUCAAGUUUUUCAGGUCCAUGGGGAUGUUCGGCAGCCCGUGUUUUCUUGCAAGUUCGGUUUCAAGAACAUGAAUGAUCGAAGUUUGCAAUCUUGGCCGUCGAUGAGCGAACCCAGCAGUACUCCAAGAAAUUGCUUAAUGGGUUCUCAUACUCAAAAGGACCAAACGGGAAAGCAGCGAAAGGGAUGGCACUUAACCAUCCACGACCUCUCGGGCUCCGUGGUCGCCGUAGCCUCCAUGGUCACGCCGUUCGUUCCGUCCCGUGGCUCCCACCGCGUCAGCCAAUCCAGCCCCGGUGCAUGGCUCAUCCUCCGCCCCGAGGACGGCGCGUGGAACCCGUGGGGCCGCCUGGAGGCGUGGCGCGAGAGUGGCGGCUCUGAGGCCGUCGGAUACCGGUUCGAGCUCUUCACGUGUACCGACGAAACCACCACACUCGCCUCCGACGUCAUCAGCUCCAGGAGCGGCGGGAAAUUCAGCAUAGACAGGACGUCCGGCGUCGCCACCACACCAGCGCACACCCCCAGCAGCAGCAGCGAUCUCGGGUCCGGGUCAAGGUCCACUCGUGGAUCAAGUUCAGGUUCAGGAUCCGGGCUGGAAAUCGGGUACGGGCCCUUGACACCACCAGUGACCAGAGGGUUUGUGAUGUCUUCAACAGUGGACGGAGCUGGGAAGUGCAGCAAGCCGGAGGUGGAGGUGGGUGUACGGCACGUGACAUGCGCGGAGGACGCAGCGACUUACGUGGCAUUGGCAGCAGCCAUGGAUCUGAGCAUGGACGCUUGCGGGUUAUUCUCGAAGAAACUCCGGAAGGAGCUGAGGCAGUAGUAAUGGGAUUCUAUGUCGUUUUAUGGAGCUAGCAGC